GGGUGGUCGCAAUACGCGAACGUUACGAAGAUGCAGGACGAUGAAAAAUCUCUGGUAUCUCGAGCCAAGAUCCCUCGAACAAUGGGAUAUCUUCGGGACCGACUCGGUUACGGUGGACAAUUAUUGCUCGAUUGCCGGAAGAUAAUGUUUCAUCGUGGAUGAAAUAAUGAUUUUCUUUCGGCCGGACGAAAACAUGUGAAAAUUCCACGAUAAUGGCGGCCGUAAAUUAUUUCUGUCCUCGGUUACCGAUGGCAUCACGAUAAUUGGAUACCGAGAUUCUAGCAGAUGACCGGAGCACGAUAAAUUUUGAAGAAAGGAAAAGUGAUCUGGUUCACUUUCCUCUCGAGCCUCGCCGCGCCUGAGAUACGAUAAUGUCUCGCCGUUUUGUUUUAUGGCUUGCUCCGAACUUUAAUCGAAUGGUUACAGGUUAAUGUAUCGGUAAGUUGGUUUAAACGGUUUCUUGAUUACUAAGGCGUUUAUCAUUUUCGUUUAAUGAAGCGUGGAGAGGGAUAAGAUUUGUUCCUUUCAAUUUUUUAUUCGAGUCAUUAAAAAAAUACAGAUUAACUGUUUAUCUUUAAAUAUUUUUAUUUUGUUACUUUUGUUUUGAUCUUGGAUCGAAGAAGAUGUAUAUAAUGACGAAACCACUUCCGUUUCUUCAAUUUUUCUAAGUCUGUACGCUUUCUAGCCUGAUUCGUCCAUUUCCAAAAAGAGAAGAAGAAAUGUACUGAAUGUCAACUUAUACCGCAUAUCCGCCACAAAUGUCGCAGAUUGCGAAUAGGGCGUACGUGCCCUUGUACUUGAGCAGUCGCAUACGAGCUGCAGUUCUUUCCUUCCCGACAUAAAUCCUCUUCGUUUUUUCUUUUCUCAUGCUUUCUCACAGCUGAACGACGUUAACGCGGCGAACACCGACGUCACUACCAGUCGACCGCUUUUAUUUUCUACUCGCUUCUGCCAUUCUCACACGAUCCUCUCCUGCGAAACAGACUGCACAAAACAGACCGCGAGACGACCGAGACUGUUUUCACUGAAACAAGUUCCCCCGAUUUCCGUCCCAAUGACGCAAUUCUGCUUAUCCAAUCAAAUCGACGAUAAAACAAUCAUAAGUAAGAUGGUCUCCCAUUAAAGUAAUUUAGCCUUUUUAAUCUUGCUAUCUUAACGUAUUAAAGAUCGACGGUAAUACUUUACGUUAACGCAACAUCUCAUUUAUAACUUUUUUAAUCAAUCUACAUUAGCAAGGGAUUGAUUCAAAUGUGGUGGGAACAAAAAGGAAUCGUUAAAUUAUACGAAAUGCCCGAGAGAAAAGCGUAUCUGCGCGUGAUAAUUUGCAUCAAUGAACGUAAGUCGAUUUUUUCAAAUGCAAACGAAUUAAUUUCCCAGCCGGAUACAGACUUUCACAAUGGGGAAAGACUGAUUCGAGCAGUCACGUAAACUACGUACUUGAGUGGUAGACCUGAUCGUUAGCCCGUGAACGGUUUUACAAUAACGCUCAAAGUGUUUUUAUUGGGUAGUAAGAGCCAUUGAAAUAGAUAGAUCAAUAGAGCGGUAAAAUUUAUCAUUACGCUUUGUAUGUAUCUCCUAUAUUUGCAUAAGAAUUUUUUGCCUGCUCAAAACAGAAUCUCGUGAAACAAAAAUUUGGAUCAACUGCUACCGCCCUAUUCUCUUGUAAUCGUUUAAAAAUAAUCAUCUUCUUAUAAUCUAUUUCCGUAAUGUCAUAAUUAGGUAGCUGGAAUUUUAUAUAUUCAAUCAAAAUAAUGUUAAUUAAUUGAAAUAUUUAAUAACCCAAGCAAACGAUCCACAUAAUAUUAAACACAAUCGAUUGUGAUUCAUUGGAUAAAACGUUAGAAAGUCACUGAUGUAAAGGUAAGACAGUCGAAAGAAGAGAAUUAAGAGGAGAAAAAGAGAGAAGCGAAUGCUACCUACCUUUUUUGAAAGACACACGUAAUCGUUCGAUUUUUCGUGCGAGCUUAGUUCAUUCGAUGCUUUUUUAAAAGGAGAAUUUAGGAACAAAUUUACAUAUAUGACGCACGUAGAUACAAAAACCAAAGUGAUCGUUGCCACAUGAUUGAUCAUUUCCUCUAAUCAGAAUUACAUUAUGAACGAUAUAAUUAAAAGUUAAUUUGUACUUUCAAAGUUAGCAAAGUUAAGUUAAUCAUUUUUUCUUCUUUCUUUUCCCGUGGAUAAAAGCGUAACGGUAAUUUGCGAUUUCCGUUACUUUUUUUAGUAAACCGAUUUAUCUCAUGCUUACGUUCGCGCUAAAAGUUUUCUUCCGACCAGAUUAGUCGACGAUCGCAUGAUCUAUAAUGCGCGCUAGCACGCGUCUUUGCUAGUGUUGCCACGAAACAUUUGAAGAAUCCUGAGCAUUUCGUCUUUUGUAGGAUCGUACGUAUUGUAGAAUAGUAGAAACGACGCCAUGACGACGACGCUUAAAUAUCUUGCAAAAUUAUUUUUCACAAGAUUCAAUGCGUUUCAAAUCGGUUCUCUUUUUUGAGGUCUCGUAAAGUAUGGUAUGAAUGAGCAAAUUGCAAUUCUCAUCAAAGAAAGCAACGCAAAUAAAGAAUAAAGUUUUCUGAAUGGAGUGGUUUUUGUCGUAGAGUACGGGUGCAACAGAUUAUCUCUAUGCUUUUUUACCAUUGUGUACUAUUGUACAUAUUCCUUAAAUCUACUGUGGUCCUCGAAUUAAUUUCCUGUCUCAUCAUAGAUUAUAUUCUCAUUUUCCAAAUAAUCCCUUUUGUUCCUUGUAAUCGAAUCACCGUUUUUCUUGAAAAACAUCUUCCCAUUAUCUUUAGCAUUUAUAUGAUCGAGCAUAAGCAAUUAGUAAUUUCCGGCUUUUUAUUGAUAGUUUGAUCUUUGCAAAGUUUUACAAAUGUCUGGCCUGGAAUCCGUUUCACAAUCCUCCAAUGGCGCCAUCGUCCUGCACCGCCAUAAGUCAGAAAGGGCUAUUGUGUCCACUUUUCCUCCAUAAAGCGUGUCGCGGAUCUAAUCGCUGACUAAUCGCCCACGCAAAUACCUGCGUGCUCUCGCGCGAAUCGUUAGAGUGCGUUUCCAAGGAGUCCGCUACGCGUGUACCGGGAUAUUUACUGUCGGAUCAAGGCUAGUAGCGGAUUCUACUCUAGCGACCCAUGCGAAAAGAAUGGCAUAACAAAAGUUUUCAUCGGUUAUUUUCGCCCUUUAUGAUACCAUCUUUGUUCAUAUCUCUCUUUUUCUUCAUAUGUCCUACGUUUCCCUAUCGUAAUGUCCACGUUAACAUGUAAUACGUCAUAAAAUUUUGUUUCGAUGCUUGUAAUUGUCUAAGUAUAGCUCUAUUUAAACUAUCUAUUUGUUGAAAUGAAGUCCUAACGCUUAUCUUAAAAGAUUGGUCUCUUUUUUAUUUCAUAAAUUAUUACAAUUAAUAAUUAUAAAUUAUUAAGAAAUUACAGUUAUAGAAUCAUCGGUAAAAACGGAGAGAAUACUGCGCAUGCGCAGGAAUCUUUAGUAGGUCGUGUCGACGGCUUGAACGAACUCGUCCCGCGCCGUUCGUUCAGACCAGUCAUACCAAAGGUGACUCGAGAUAUGCCACGCGUAUAAAUCGCUAUAAUCGACUGAACAAGUACCUUCACCUACCUCGAAUUCGUGUAAUUGUCGUAUAACAUAAGUGUGAUUUGAAGAAAUUUGAAAAUCAAGUGAUAUGUGAGUUGACAGAACCUCAAAAACACGUGAAUAUGUCAAGUGAAUGUACUGUACUCGCUACUUUCUCGAGGUUAUCACGUUGAAAUUGGCGGUUGGACGGAAGGGAUGGGACAUAAGAAAGGAAGAGGAAACUUCUAAAGAUAAUCGUUCAAGUGACCCAGAGGAAUAGAUCGGCUCCGCAGAGGGUGCCAAUACGUAAGGAUUGUCGGAAGUUUUGCGAGGAAGGCGCGCGAGAGAGGCGCGCGCACGAUAGUAGGUCGAGUCGUGUUCGAUGAAACUCGGCUAGGUUCGGCUAAGUUCGAUACGCUCGAAUUCGAAGUUCGUUCGCGGCGACCGCGCGUUCGCUGUUCGGUCAGUCAGUCAGUCGCACGCGGCAAACGAAGUCCUCAAGAAGUCGAGGAGGUUAGUAAACGCGCGAGGAAACAUAGCGAACGAGACAUAACAGAGAAAGAGAUAGAGACUGAACAAGGUGAAGAGAAGAAACGAUAAGUGACUCGAAGAAAACAAAACAUUGGGUGAGAAGACGAUACAGCGAAUCUUACAUAGCGCGUUACAUUCACGUGAAGACUGGAGCCACUCUAGCGAGUGAGUCGAUCUCUCUGUUCGAUUCGAGAGAUCGACUGCUACCCUUCAAGGCAGCGUCAAUAGGCAGACGGAGAAAAAAUCGUCAAAAGUGUAAUAGCACAAAGAGAAUCACCGACGAAUACGACGAUGGUAUACAGUGGUGGCUUCGACAUGGUGGAAACGAUGCCACAGACAGUACCUACUGCAGCCGGCUAUUCGCCGUCGUUCGAUUACAGUACAUUCCAGUUCGAUUUGUCCCUUCUGUCGGACGAUUAUGCCGCUACGAACACGCAGAGUACACUGAAAGCAACGCAAAUCAAACAGGAAGCACAAUCGCCUCGCCCCAGUUCGCCGACCGCUUACUCGAGUUCACCUUACCCCGGUGCUGGUGGUGAACUAUCCCCUAACUACUCGCAUGAAGGUUCACCAGGAUACCCGACGAGUCCAUACUACGUGCCUAGGAGUCCUCAGAGUGCUCAAUUCUAUCCGACCAGUCCAGAACCUCCCGCGAAGCAGCCGGUUAAGAGAGAAAAGAGCCUCGAUCUUCUUGCUAUUUUGCAGGAGUCCAGACUCCUAGCCGAGAGUCUAGGCUACCGGGAGGAUUCUACUGACUGUACAGUGCCGUGCACACCACCCAGGACAGAGGAGGAUAUUUACAACAGCCUUGACGCGGACUUCUUCGCGAAGAAAGAGGAUACCGCAGUGCAAGGACACCCGUUGCUGAAGGAAAUCCUGUUCAAGGAAGAGCCUCGAUCCAGCUGUAGCAGCAGCAAUAGCAGUGCCAGUGGCAACACCAGCACCUCCUCCUCGUUGUCGUCCUCCUCAUCGAGUACUUCUUCCUCGCCAGAUCCUGUGGAACUCGAGAACAGUUCUCCUUUGAGAAACUUGCUGUUUAAAGGUACCAGAAAGGAUUUCGCGGAUGCCGCGAGAACAAAUGUUCUGAAACUUGAGAGAAUACAGGACGAGGUCCGAAAUCCUCUGCAAAAGGAGGAGGAGCUGUUCAAGGACGGACAAAAGAGCGAUCAUCAGUUGCUCAGAGAGGUUUUGAGGGAUACCAGCUUUCAAAGAAAGUACAAUUUGAGACCCGUGGAUCUGGGUAGCGUCGGGACAGGGUUCGUGGAAGACAUGGAAGCCGGCGAAUGUGUCGGUGAUCUGACUAGAGAACAGAUCGAACCUGUCCUCAGUCUGGCCAUCCAGCAGCUCCAGAAGGACUUCGACAAUACCUGCGUGGCUCUUGGUAUUCAUCCCGAGCCACGACGCUGGAGUGCUGCGGACGUAGCAGCCUGGAUCCAGUGGGCCAGAAGGCAGCUGCAACUGCCCUCGGUGCCACUGGAGAGCUUCAACGUGGACGGUGCUACGUUAGCUUCCCUGACGGAAGAGGAAUUCUGUCAGCGUGCCCCUCAGUGUGGAAGCAUUCUUCAUGCGCAACUAGAAAUUUGGAAAGCAACAGUCGAAGAAUCUCCACGUAACACAUUAGCAGCUUCCUGGGUUCCCCCAGUUGUGCAAAUAUCUAACAGUAACAAUAACACCUCAUCCCCUAUUACGAAUACAACUCCAGCUAGUGUUAAGGGCUCCACUUGCAGCGGAGAUUUCUCCGAUGACGAGGACGAGGACUGCGGUUCGCAAGCAGGAACGGGUGGUGGCGGCGGCGGCGGCGGUGGUAAAAUGCGUAACGGUGGCUCGCACAUUCACCUCUGGCAGUUCCUGAAGGAGCUGCUGCAAAGCCCUGGCAUUCACGGUUCCUGUAUACGUUGGCUAGACCGUGGCAAGGGCGUGUUUAAGAUCGAGGACUCGGUUCGCGUGGCCAGACUCUGGGGCAAACGAAAGAAUCGGCCGGCCAUGAACUACGACAAGCUUAGCCGUAGCAUCAGACAGUACUACAAGAAAGGGAUCAUGAAGAAGACGGAACGUAGCCAGAGGCUGGUCUAUCAGUUCUGCCAUCCUUACUGUCUGUAAAUCCCGGUUCCGUUAAGUCUUUGCGCUCACGGACAUCGAACGUGUUACCUCGACGCCUUUCAAAAAUGUUUCAUAUUUAUUCCCGGCGAAACACGUGACGAAUGAACGAGUCGAGUCUUGAUCUCGUUCGAUCGUACGAUUUAUAAUAUUAUUUAUUGUAAACGCGAUACGUGUCGGGGUAACAUCGAUGAAUAGCGUCGCCUAUCUUUGUCGUAAUUACUCGUCGAUUCUCGUUUAUUAUUAGAAUAUUAUAUCAUAUGUUCAGAACAUAUACAUCGGCGAUAAAUUUGUUGACAUUGUGGACGAUCGAAUUAUUCUAGUUAUCGAUGGUUUAUCGAACGAGCGCAAAGAGUUUAACACCUUCUCGUCGAUUCGAGAUUCAAGGUCGUCUAGGCUGAAUACCUUGAAGCUGGCGUUCGUUUUCAAAGGGAGUUACGACGAAGGGCUUCCGACUCUUUCUGCGUGCAAUCUUUCCUCACAGGGCUCGUCGCGAAGACGAACGAUGGUGUGCGUGCCUGUUUCUCUCGUUGCGUGCGUGUCUGUUCGGUGUGGUUGAUUUUUUGAACAAAAAAAAUGAGAAGAUAAAGAAAAAGUAAAAGAGUGAAGAAUCAGUACGGAGGUCAAAGAUAAAAAAAAUACGAUCCACCGUGUCCGGUGUAUUAUCCUUCCAAGGAUAACGUCGUGCCACGGGUGGGUACCACUAAGUACGCCCGUUUUGGGCGAUCCUGUUUCCUUCCCUCUCCCUCGUCCCAGGUUUUCUUCCCCACUCUGUACCUCCCUUUUUUCAUUUCUGCCCCGACUUUUCUCGUUGUAACAUAAAUGAUUACCCCUUAAAAAGUAAGUUACUCCUUCGUUUCACGAUCCACAAUUUCCCCGUUCCGAUUAUCGGAGGCGUCGGGACGUAUGCAGAGUCGGUUUCCAAAUCUUUCGACUGGUACGCUUUCUGUAGAAAUAUCAUCUUUCAUUUUCAACUUUUCUUUUAAAUUCUUUUUCUUCUGAUAUCAAAUUUUAAAUAACGUAUAACUUCAUAAUAAUAUCGACGUAAUCGAUGAUCGCGUGUUAACGUAUCGAUACCACUUAACCACCAACGGUAUAUUAUGGCUCGUAUUAACAUUAACGUUUUACUAACGUAACGAUAACGAUAUACAUAGUACGAUAAUGCUGCUAGUAUUAUUACUAUAUUCCCAAGAUAUCAGUAAUACUACUACAAUGUUAUGAGCGAUGUACUAACCAUAAUGUUAAUGUUAUAACAUACUGAUGGUGGUAUUAAAUCGGUAUUAUAUACCGUUGUAUUAUCAUUAGCACGUUAUCGAUGCACUUAAACGCGACGUUACGUUAACCCGCGAUAUUUCUACAACUAUUAAAGCGGCGAUCGAAAGACGAGAAGAUCGACGCGUUCGAGAUCUCGUUCGGAGGUACGUCCUACGAGGUUCGAACGUGCAACGUCGUGAUGCCGACAUUAUUGUUGUUCGAGGAUGGAAGAACAACAAGGAAGAAGCGAGUCAGUGGAGAUUUCGUUGGAGAAAAGGGAAGAAACUCCUCUUUCCUCUCUGUUCUCACGAUUGCUUACCAGCGCCGGUCGCCAAAGCCUCGAGCUGUAUCCUAUCCACGGAUCCACGAUCUAUGGACGAUCCAGCGCGCGGAACUAUUCGCUCAUACUGGAUCCGUCCCGCCAUUUUAAUUUUUCUUUUUCAUAGGAAAUCGGAGUAAAUAGAAAGAGAGGGAAUUAUUGAGUCCUUUGAUAGUGUUGAGAUUACAUAUGCUUGGUGCUAUGAAUCGAAUAUUUUUUAUCAAACAUCUUUACAACAUUUAUAUUUCACAAGGCAAUGCUAGUUUAUAAAACAUGAAUUUUUUCGUUUCUAUAAAACAGAUUAACUAUUUUUGAUGCGAAAUAUUUUUAAAAUUGUAGUAUAUAUAUAUAUAUACUACAAUUUAUAUAUAUAUAUA